AUGGCGCCCAAGAAAAACAAGCCAUCUAAGCCAUCCAAGGCGCCCAAGACAACCAAGGCGCCCAAAACAACCAAGCCCAAAGCAAGCACUUCCAAAGCCAAAGCCAAAGCCAAAGUUCCAGCCGAGGAAGAGGAAGAGGAAGAUGAAUCUGAACAGAAGAGUCUGGAACAGCACAUUGCAACCGAAGCGCAGAUGAAGAGAGCACGAGACAAGGGCAUCAAAGGCGUAUACGUUAUUGAACCCACAGCUUCCGCGUUCGACACUCCAAGCCAACAAACCGUGGGAUACCUGCACCUUGACAACACUCUGGAUUAUUGGGAGUUGAUGGAGGAAGGACAGGAGAUUUUCGACUCCCUGGAGAUCUUCCAGACGGACAACCGUCAAUUUGGAUUUCAUUGCUCGAUAAACGUCAAGGGCUCAAGUGCAGCCGAGGACGCUGCAAAGGAUGAUACUCAGGAUGGAACUUCACCACCCACGCACACCGUUCAAGUCAGGGUUAAGCAGAUCUUCGAUGCUAUCAAGAGCGAGGAUGACGAACUGCUAGCUCUGCUUGGCCGACCAUUGCCAUUACCAUCAAACACGGACAAUCUGUCAUCUAAGUCGCUCACUCGUGCGGUCUGGUCUUAUGUCGUUCAAAUGCAUCAGAAUAUGCAGCUCGCCUCGCACUUGUUCGAUUUCGGACAGGAGCCGCCCGGCCCUCAGGAUCUCAAUGCACCUCAAUCGGAAACAAAGCUUGGGUAUUCCAUUGAAGACUGGCACCGUUCUUAUGUUUUGAUCCGUUCGCACCAGAAGGCUUUCCACAACAGUAGCAGAGAAAGCAAAGCCGGCACAAAACAUUCCAAGGCAGCAAUUAUUCCGGCCUUUAUCAGCAAGGAUGAUAUCGAUGGUGUCCAAACCGAGACAGACAAGCAAACUGCACUGGUCAAAGACGAUGUGCAAAUGAGAAAGAUCGCCGAGAACGCUGAUGAAGUGGAUCUUUGGUAUCUGCAAGAUCUCAACAGCGACAGCGAUUCAGAGGAAGAGGAAGAGGAUCGUCAGAAGCGCAAAGACGAGGCGUUCGCUAGUCUUGAGGCAAAGCUGGGAAGUCGUGUAGGAAACGAAGCCACCAAAGGUCGCGCUAAGCUGGAGGAAGGUGAACUUAUGGCACAGUUGCAGCGAAUCGGAAAUCGUUGCAAGGUCAAGUACGAGCAACGGGUCGAAUCCGAAUCUACAACCCAGAUCAAUGAUCUCACCGACAAGUCACUUCUUGAAAGCGAGACCUUCGGAAACGACGAGACAGAAAAGGUCGAAAGCCGAGAAGAGUUUUGGGCGCGCAAUCGUCAACUCAACCGCGCUUACGCCCCCAGAACUGGAUACAAGAAGGCAUGCGCUCUGUUAAGAAUUGAUCCCGUCGACCCCCGUCUCAAGGGAUCCAACGUACAACUAACACCAUGGCAACCUGAGGCCGUGGUUUACAUGGAUAUGAUGGAACGCAGUAUUAUCCGAUCAUCAAUCAAUGCCGACGAUGUUGGUCUCGGAAAGACUGUCCAGGCUUUGAGCCACAUCACCUACCAGGCUAUGGUCACCAAAGCAGCUAUGAAAUCUUCGAAAAAGGUCAAAUGCAAGCCCACUCUGAUUUUGUACCCUUCCACCGCAUCCAAUGUGUGGACAAAGGAGCUUCGCAAGAGAUUCCCCAAUCUCACCUGGAUCCUUUUCCAGGGAAGUGAGUCUACAAACAAGAAACUGGAUCGCCCGCAUACCAUUGGUACCAAAGCAUCAGAUCUUGUGGAGCUUCUGGACAGCCUGGACGAAAAGAACCCAAAAACCGCAUCGACCGUCAUAUUGACAUCUCUUACCACCGCGCAGAGGAGACUGUUGACCUGGCAGAAGACUUCGACAUACUCAACCAAGAAAGGCAAGCAAAAGGCAGUCACUGUCUCUGAAACCACCGAGGACGACAACGAAGAUGAAGUGGGGGAGCUUGACGAUCAGACAAUCGAAUCCAUUCAGCUUUUCGAAGGUGUUCAUGACAGAUUUGCCAGGGUCAUUAUAGACGAAGCACACAAACUCAAGUCGUACAAGACUCUAAGUUUCCAACUGGUCAAGAAGAUAGGAGGCCCUAAAGUCAUGUUUACCGCGACACCGAUGAUCAACCGACCUAUCGAUCUUCAUGGCUUACUUUUGCUCGCCUGGGAACCAGAAUGGGCUCUGCCUGACCAGGAAAUCAUUACUCUGGAGGAAUAUCAAAAAGCCGACAAGGAAAUGCAAGAGUCUAUCACCGCUACAAACAUUCACGAGAAGGCCAAAGACUUCGCCUGGAUCCUAGAUCCCGAAUCUUAUGCCUACCAUGCCGGGGGCCAUGGAGAAAGUCAGAUGCCUGCACAUGUUGCUGCUAUCAUCCUCCCACCCAUCCUGCGCUUGAUUCAGUUUCGACGCACAAAGGCAGACUUUGUUCAAGACCACGGUCUGGAAGGAGAGCCGUACUUGAUCGGGUCGGAUCUCAAGGCUUUCAAGAUCAUCACCGUAGAGCUCACUCCUUCGCCCAGACAAGGUUACAUGAUCAAACAACUCAACAAGGAGUUGAUGCCCAUCUUGAUCAAAGGUGCGGAUCAGGAGACAAAGGAGGGCUAUCUGAACGGCUCCGUUUGUCAACGCUUCUUCCACGCCAAUGUUCACCCAUAUUCAGAGAGAAUAUACAAGCGCAAAGGAAAGAUCACAGCCAAGAUUGUCGACACCUGGUAUGAUCCUGGAGACCAAGGAGCGACAUUCUUCUACGAGAACACAAAACUCGAAGCAAACAACUCUGCUCCGAGAGACCGUGCAUCACUCAGUUGGAGUAUCGCGUACGAUUCGGCGAAGCUCCAAUUCCUAGCACGUGUUGUCCACCACGUUUGCUUCAUAAAGAAGAAGAAGUUGCUCAUAUUCGUGGACUGGCCUUUCAACCUCUGGCUUGUUCUCAUGUUUCUUGAGGGUGCCCUAGGCAUACCGUGCUUAACAAUUCAGGCCAGCCAUACCAACGUUGAGCGUGGUGAGAUUGAAACAAUGUUCAAUGACAGUGAUCAUGCGGCCAAGUGUCUCAUUGCCUCCAUCAGAACGACAGGAACCGCCUUGAACCUCCAAGAGCAGUGUGCCGAUACUGUAAUGCUGGAUUUGCCCGCAAAUGAGAACAUGAAGGUCCAGGCUCUAGGAAGGACUUAUCGCCUUGGUCAGCGCGAAGAGGUCACUAUGUGGAUUCUAACACUCAACGGUUCGUACGAUCAACUCCAACAGUCCAGAGCUGCUCGCAAAUUCGUCGCACAAAUUGCAGGUCAAUCCGGCUUGCAAGCUAGCCCCGAAAACCAGGAGGCAUAUCUUGCUGCAAGAAAAGUGAUUGGUCUUGGUUUGAAGGACCUCUGCUCAAGACAAGCAAACAACAAGGGUGAAUAUGACGACGAAGAAAAGGAGUACGUGAAGCGCAGAUUCGAAAACUCCCUUCUCUAUCCUGCUUGUCGCUCUUUGUACCGAGACCAGUUUGGCCUCCGCACUGAUCGUCAUUUCUGGCAUUCGAAAAAGGACCUCGAAGCCAAGGACUACCUUCCUGGAGAGGUCAAGUAUGGCGAGGCUUAUCAAGGAGUGGACAAGAAGUUUUCUGGAUAUCUGCAGCAGGCUUUGAACGAGGUCGGUAUCAUCGAAGCUGCCAAAGAGUUCUUCCGCCGUAAGGAGAAUGCUACCCUUGGUGAAGAAACCGCACAGUUCGGUCCUAUGCAAGCCGGACUCACAUUUGAUACCAUGUGGGCUGAAGAAGAAGAGCGCCUCGAUCAAAUCGCAGAAGAUUACAACAACAGCAAGAAGGCUCAACGCAAGCACGCCAGAGCAGUUCUGAAGUUCAACCAUGCUGAGAAUCUUAAACGUCUCAAGUCUAGCUUCAUCCCGGAUAGCGAUGAUGAGGACAGCGCAGACGAUGAUGAGGACGAUGAUGAGGACGAUGAUGAGGACGAUGAUGAGGACGAUGAUGAGGACGACGAUGAGGACGACGAUGAGGACGACGAUUUCGAGAGCCAGAUCGGUAGUCCAGAGCCAGAGGAAGAAUUCGUGACUCCUCCAGAGUCUGAAGAUCUGACUCAGCAGGGUCCUGAGCUGGACAUUGACUCUCAAGCACCCGACGAGCCUGCUCCCGAAAUUGCAAUCCCAGAGACAGAGGAUCGCAAGCGCUCCGCAACUGAACAGUUGGACGAGCCUGAACCCAAGAAGAUCAAGGUAGAACCGCACUCGCCCAUGGUGAAGUAUGGUUGGACAAAGGAGAAGGCCAUGGAGGUCGACGACUACGAAAACCCCGAUAUCCUCUCGGCUGCCUACGAAUCCAAGAUCCCCGACGACUACAACGAGGUAGACGGCAAGGUCAGGGAUCCGUCGGAUCUAUAAGUAAAGGACGUGGAGGUUUUGGCAUAUCAGAAGUCGCAUGGACAUGUGAAUACAGGCCCAUGGGAGC